AUGUAUUUUUCGGUAAACAGAAUAAACAGUACUGUUGUAAAGCAGGAUUUUUUUCUUUCAGCACUGAAACCAAACGAGACAGGAUGCUUGAUUAAUGAACAGUGCAAAAGGGCAUGUGAAUCGACGUAUUGUGAUCAGACUCAAACACCGUCCAGAUGCCUUUGUGAACGUGGCAGUCAUUUCCUAUUUGAUAAAUGCUGGAAAAAAUGUCCAGAGUUUGCAUAUUCAGAACCUCGGGUUGAUUCAUCGGGAUUUAGUGAAUGUAUACUGAAGACAGACAUGAAGACAGCGAUGUUGUAUAUGCGAAGACAUCGUCGGCAGUUGCGAAGCAUCUUUUGUUAG